AGGUGAAGGCCCCUAUGCCCUCCAUGUGUUUUAGGUCCAUCUGUAAACAAAUCAGCAAAAUGCACGAAGCUGUCCUUGACAUUUUGUUGCCAGAUCAAAUCAAGGAGCUGUUCACAAAAAUUAACAGCGGUUUCAAGAAGCUGAUCAGACAGCAGUUAGUUACUCUGGAAGUCUCUAAAAAUGGAGGACCACAACAUGGACUGGUGAUGUCGGACUUAGCGUUCUAUUCGGGAACAUUUAAAACGUUACGAGGGUUGGAGAGUUUAGCACAGGACAUGAACGAUGUGUGGGACGUGAGGUGACAGCGCCCUCUACAGUCUGACGUUGUCAUUAUUUCUCUGUGUGUAAUGAUAA